UACAAAGUAUCAUAGAACGGAAUAUUCCACGUAUCUAAAAUGCGAUGUGUUUUUCAGCUUCUCCCCAAUAAACAUCGUAGUAGCAUAAAAAUUGUUGAAGCUCGCGCGAGCGUGGCAGCGGGUAUGACAAUGACCAAACUAAUGGAAUGGUUUUUUGGAAUCAGUAUGUUCAUAACGGUGUGGGCCGCACUUCUUUCUGGUCAAUUUGCGUUAAUUGACAAGUCUCAAGAAAUACACGUUCUCCUGCUUCCGAUUUAUAUAGUCAUCUUAUUUGGGUUGUACGCAACCGCUGUCGUAAUUUACCGGGUGUUCACUUUCAACGACUGUGAAGAAGCAUGCGAGGAGCUAAAACGGCAAAUUAACGAAGCCAAACAAGAUCUAAUCUUGAAGGGCUUUCAGUUUACAUAGUUCAUAUUUUUUUAAAUAGGGUCGUGAAGUGUAAACUGUGUAUAUAUAUACCUGAUAUGUACUGUCAUGCUGACAGUAAUAUUUAUAAACUAGAAAUGUAAUUAACACGAAUUUAAUGAUUUUUAACGCAACUAUCGCCACUCUUGGAAUAUAUACUUAUAGUCUAUUGUCGUUUAAGUGGAGAAAGAAAUUUUUCUGACACAUUCAGCAUCAGAAGUUGUAGUUAGCCUGCUAAAAGCUAUUAUCCUGAUUGAAU